GCAUUGUGUGCUGAAGUGUUAGAGGCUGACACCUACUCCUUUUUGCAUGUUCAUCCCAAAUGCUGUGAAGCCACGCAUCCCCCUCUCCCCUUCCCAUACCUCUCCUCUCCUCUCCCUUUCUCUCUCUAUAUAUAUUUUUUAACAAUAAUCAUUCACAUAUAUAUAUAUAGGCUCUUUGUUCCCUUCUCUAACAGCACUUCUCUCAUGUCCUCUCUCAUCUAAAUUUACCAUUUUUGUAUCUCCCCAUCUUUUUUUCCUUCUUGUUUUCUUGAUAAUUUCUCUCUUCUUAUUGCAAAAAUGAGCACCAUUUGUGCUGAUCAACACAAGCUUUACCACUCCCACCAACUCUUCUCUUCUUCUUCCUCCAAGAAAACCUUCAAAGACCUUGAUAUCCCUCCCAGAAAACAACACCUCACCAAGAAAUCCCUCCAAGAAUCUCCUGAUACUAUGUCCACUAAUUGCUCAAAUCUCCAAAAGUUCCUGCCUUUUAAUGACGCCAUUAAUGGUGAUCAUGAUCAUGAUUAUGCUCAUGCUCAUGCUUAUGGCAAGGUGGCUGAUGGGGAUUUGGAUCCUUACUCUUCUGAUCAUUUCCGGAUGUUUGAGUUUAAGGUUCGCCGCUGCACUCGUAGCCGUAGUCAUGACUGGACUGACUGCCCUUUUGCCCAUCCUGGUGAAAAGGCUCGCCGGAGAGACCCUAGGAAGUAUCACUACUCCGGUGAAGUUUGUCCUGAGUUUAGACGCGGCGCUUGCAACCGCGGAGAUGCCUGUGAGUUUGCUCAUGGUGUUUUUGAGUGCUGGCUUCACCCUUCUCGUUAUAGAACUGAAGCUUGCAAGGACGGUAAGAACUGCAAGCGAAAGGUUUGUUUUUUCGCUCACUCUCCUCGUCAACUUCGUAUUCUUCCCGAGGUUUCUUGUCAUGCUGUGAAAUACGAUAAAAGCUUGAUCUUACCUUGUUCUUCUGUUAACCAUGGUCAUUGCUGCUGCUUCGCUUGUCAUUCUGUGAUUUCUUCUCCUACUUCUACUUUACUGGGUAUGUCCCAUAUGUCGCCGCCAUUGUCUCCGUCGUUAUCACCGCCUCUAUCACCGGUGAAACAGCAGUCAAUAAGUGGGUUGUCUCCAAUUUCUCGAUACAAUGAUCGUUUGAGCAAGCUUAGGUCUGGAUUUAUGAGCUAUAAAGACGUUCUUACAGAGCUAAUGGAGGCCAUGAAUUUUAAUGAUGAAGCACCAGCUUCUUCACCGAUUUCUUUCUCUGCAGCCAAUAACAGAAAAACUAACAGUACUCCAUGGAUGGAUUCUUCUUCUUCUUUCAAUGGCGAAGAUUAUCAUCAUCAGCAACAGUUGAUUCUUUCACCUUCAACCCCAAACCCUCGUGGGUCAAGGAAUUUUUUGAGUGGAGAUUGUUCAAGCAAGGGAUUUAAUAUUGAUGAACAGAUGAAUAACAAUGAUGAUAAUAAGAAUGGAGGUGGUGAUCCUGAUCUUGGAUGGGUGAAUGAGCUCUUGAUGUAGAAGAUGAACGACUGGUUCAGAAUUAAUGUGUACAUAAAGAGAAGCACCAGCCGUAUAUAUAAAAAAUCUACCAUUAUAUAUAUGAGAUUUGGUGUAUAAAUUAUGGGUAUUAUUGUUUUUUUUUUCUUAUUUUCAUGCAAGACUAUUGUGUUAAUUUUCUUUUUAGAUCAAGUUGUUUAAUUUUAGAUGAAUUUUGCCUCUUCUUGAAGAAGAGAAUGAUGUGUAUUUGUUCAAGUAAUUGUCUUUUGAUGAUGUAGUUGAAUUUAAGCAAGUGUUUAUGAAAAUUAUCUACUUUUGUUAGAAACCCUAA